AUGGAUACACUAUCAAAGAUGGAAAAUGGAAGCGCGCUUCCAACACCCACCCAACAGGAUGAAGCUCCAUCGCCCCUUUUCUCGCGUAUCGAGACAAUUUCCAAGAGAGUUAUGAUCCUGCUUAUCGUUGCCAUGAGUGCUUAUGUGUUGGCGGACGAUCCAGUUUGUCAUUUCGUACUGGGUAUUGAUGAAGAUACCUGUCAAAGCUGGGACAAAUAUAUUUACAACCUUCGAGAGCGUUUGUUCAGUGUGUUUGCGUUUUUACAGCUUAUAUUUGCAAUUUAUGUUCGUUACUGGGCGCCGGAGGAUAGCCAGUCAACUCAUGAACGUAAUAGCUGGGAUGGCGUGGUGUGGACUGGAUCUUUGAAACAGAGCUUAUGCAUUCUGCUUUUGGCGUUGAGCCAGGUAUAUGAAUGGUGA